AUGUCCGCCAACUUUGGACGCCGUCUGUACACCCAUCUAUGGGGACCGGUGAACUCAUUUCGCGGUCGUAUAGCAAACCGCGUUUCCGCCCCCGAUGCGUCAAAGGCCUUCGACUCGUUUUUCACCGGCAAACGAUUCUCAACAUCCAGAAAAGCCACUCCUCUCACGAGACAAGUUGCUUCCGGGGGCUUCUUAGUUUUGGGUGUCUCUCCAAGCUCUACUGCAGCUGAAGGUGGUGUAGCUUGCAUCGUUCCCUCGACUAAAAUAGCCGCUCAAUAUGUCUGGAAACGAGCUUUACAUACAUCAGAAGGCAAGCAGUCCGACAAGGGCGCAUCCACCAAUCCUCCAUCCUCCAAGAAAGAUGAACUUUUUUAUGGCGCCCAAAAUCCCGAUAAAAAUCCCCCUCAAAGCCCUCCUUUGAAACUACCUCAAGGACCGCGGCAGACCACAUCUCCUAAUCGCCACUUAAUGGAUCGCUUGCCCCAUAUGCCACACUUACAUCGACCAACAAAGGAGGAACUAUUGGCUGCAGCAACUGGCUUUUGGUCGCGCCUUAAGGUGCGAUUCAAAUGGUUUUCUAUCAGGAGUGUGCGGCCCUUCAGCUUGGAUGAAAUCACGGCGCUUUUCUCAUGGGUCCUACUCGGCCACGUUGUCUGGUUCGUCGUGGGAACCACGACGUUUUUCUCACUUUUGAUCCUGGCCAUCAACACGGUCUUUGCGCAGGAAACGCUGGCCGGAUGGGUAGGUAACUACCUGACCAAAUCAUCUGGGGUUAAGGUCGUCUUUGAGUCUGCCAUUGUACCGAAAUGGAAAAACGGCGUGAUCACUUUCAAAAAUGUGUUUGUUUCGCGGCGGCCUGGUCAGGGCACUGGGCAUGUUAGCAAAGGCUCACCAACGACUGCCGCAGCCGCAGCCGCAGCCGCAGCUCGAGGUGAUCCUGGGCCCGAAGACUUAUCGCCUGUUAUCGAAGAGGAAGAUACCAACUACACACAAUUCGACCUUUCCAUCGAGACCGUCAACGUCACUUUGUCGUUUACGAAGUGGCUCAACGGAAAGGGCCCGCUUCGCGAUGUCGAGGUGAAAGGAAUUCGAGGUGUUGUUGACCGCCGACAAGUCCAUUGGCCAGAAGAAGACCUGGACCCCAAGUCGUAUCGACAUGAACAUCAGCCCGGGGAUUUCGAGAUUGAUUCUUUUAAAAUGCAUGACGUGCUGGUCACGAUCUACCAGCCUGAUAACUUCCGACCAUUCUCCGUUAGCAUCUUCUCAUGCGAUCUGCCCCAACUACGCAAGCAAUGGCUCUUCUAUGACUUUUUAUCCGCCAACAUGAUGUCAGGGUCGUUUGACAACUCACUUUUCACCAUCCACCCCCGCCAGACACACGGCUUUACUGGACUCCGGGAGGAUCAAAACUCCGAAGACAGAAAGCCUAGUCCAUGGAAGCAACACAACAGAAUACGCGUUGACGGACUAAAUAUCGAUCAUUUAAACCGCGGUGUCCAUGGCCCUUUUUCAUGGAUUCAUGAAGGGACUGUAGACAUUGUGGCCGACAUCAUGCUGCCUUCCGAGAAUGAUGAAAGCAUCGCAAAGGUGAUGGUUGAUUUCUACGACCGCCUGGAGGCCACGGUUACGUCAAAUCAAUCCUCGGAGACUUUACCUCAACAAACCCAGGAUGAUGUAGAGUCCGCAUCCAAUACUGACAAACGAUUCCUGGUCAUGGACCUGCGAGUCCACCUCAACAAUGUUCGAGCUGCGGUCCCCAUAUUCACUCGAGAUCUCUCCUAUAUAAAUAACGCCCUUAUCCGACCAAUUGUGGCUUACAUCAAUUCAAAACGCACCUUCAUUCCUAUCAACUGCCGCCUCGUCAAACGUGUCGGCGACUUUGAUGGAAGCUGGACCAUCUUUGACAGCAGUCUAAUGGAUGAUCUCUCUGCUGCAACAUACGAUGCGUUUGCCCGGGAUGUUGUGGAUGAUCAAGCCCGUAAGAGGCGAUUCAAGAAGGUUGGAUUCUGGUCCCUUCAGCUCGCCGCGCAGGCUAUUUUCAUGGGCAUGGCCGGCAACAUCGCAUGA